AUGGCGUUCGGUGGAUUCGGUGGGUUCGGCGCGGCGCAGCAGCCGCCGUCGCCGUUCGGCGCGGCGCAGCAGCCGCACAGCGGCGCGUUCGGCGCGACGGGGGCUCGACCGGCGACGACGGGCGCGUUCGGCGGUGGAUUCGGGGGGCAGGGCGCGGCGAGCGGGGGGUUCGGGAGCGCGAUCGGCGGCGCUGGGAGCGGCGCGCCGGGCGCGGCGCGGGCGGUGGCGGACGCGUGCAAGUUUUGGAACCGCGGGAGCUGUAAAUUCGGGGCGCGGUGUAACAAUAAGCACUGCUGUUCAAAGUGCGGAUCGACGGCGCAUCGCGCGGUGAGCUGCUCGAUGACGCCGGGGGUGAGCGGAUAUCGAGCGACGCGGGUGAUGGAUAAGGAGCUGUUGACGCCGGGGACGUCGUACGCGAUGGUGCACUCGAUCAGCGCGAUGCCGGAGAAUUUGGGGAAGAGCGCGGAGGAGAUUCGGGCGGCGGCGUACGCGAGCGCGGAUCAGCCGGCGACGAGCGCGGGUGGGUUCGGGGCGCCGGCGGCGACGAGUCCGUUCGGGGGGACGACGGGGGGAGGAAGCGCGUUCGGGGGGGCGAGCGGGGGAGCGUUCGGAGCGAGCGCGACGCCGGCGAGUCCGUUUGGGGCGCCGAGCGGGGGUGCCUUCGGAGCGUCGACGUCGACGCCGGGCGGUUUCGGGGCGUCAGCCGCGCCGAGCGCUUUCGGCGCACCGUCGGGAGGCGGAGCGUUCGGAUCAUCGCCCACGGGUGGGUUCGGGGCGCCCGCGGCGGCGCCGAGCCCGUUUGGCGGCGCCGCGACGCCGUCCGCUUUCGGAGCGCCCGCGAGUUCGGCGCCGAGCGGCGGUUUGUUCGGGUCCACGACAGGCGGUUUCGGCGCUUCUCCGGCGUCUUCCGCGUUCGGGGCGCCGUCGACCACGAGCGCGUUCGGGGCGAGCGCGCCGACGCCGGGUGCUUUCGGCGCCACGCCGUCGGCGAGUCCGUUUGGGGCGGCGCCUUCGACGCCGGGCGCGUUUGGGGCGCCGGCUUCGACGCCCGCUUUCGGCGCAUCGGGCGCGUUUGGCGCCGCACCGACGCCGAGUGCGUUCGGAGCGCCGUCGUCUACGCCCGCGUUCGGUGCAGCGCCCGCGUCUAGCCCUUUCGGCGCCGCGCCCGCGGCGGCGAGUCCGUUCGGCGCGGCGCCGUCGACGCCGGCAUUCGGUGCGGCGCCGACACCGGGCGCGUUCGGCGCGGCGCCAUCAUCCGGUGGCGGACUGUUCGGCGCGGCGCCUUCGACGGGUGGUGGUUUGUUCGGUGCGUCUGCGCCUUCCACUCCAGGCGCGUUCGGCGCGAGCACGCCCGCGCCCGGAGGAUUUGGCGCUCCAAAGCCCGCGGGCGGGCUGUUCGGCGCUGCGCCGUCGACGCCAGCGACUGGGGGGCUGUUUGGUGCUAGUACAGGUGCAACCACUCCUGGCUUCGCCGGUUCAACGCCAGGGUUCGGCGCAGCACCGUCCACGGGUGGUUUGUUUGGCGCCUCGGCUCCGGCAACCGGAGGCGGCGGUUUGUUUGGCGCCGCGCCGUCUGCGGCGGCGACGCCUGCGUUCGGUGGAUUUGGCGCGUCUGCGGCGACACCCGCGUUUGGUGCAUCUUCUGCGGCGUCCGGUGGUUUGUUCGGUGCAUCCGCGCCGACUUCUGCGCCAAGCGGUGGACUGUUUGGCGCCGCGCCGACGUCUUCGCCCGGCGGCGGUUUGUUCGGCGCUUCGGCACCGGCGACCGGCGGUGCCUUCGGUGGCGGACUUUUCGGUGCCGCGAAGCCCGCGAGCGGUGGACUUUUCGGCGCCGCCCCGACGACCGGAGCUGCUCCUGGUGGCGGACUGUUUGGUGCGUCGGCUCCGACGUCGGCGCCGAGCGGCGGUUUGUUUGGCGCGGCUCCGACGGCGGGUGGUGGAUUGUUUGGCGCUUCCGCACCCGCCGCUGGAGGUAGCAUUUUCGGCGCAGGGGGGCUUGGAGCCUCGCAGCCGGCGAUGGGUGCGCUCGUACCUUUCGGCGCUCAGCCUGCCGUUGCGUCCACUCCGUACGGGUCACCACUUCAGCCUCCGCAGCUCGCGCUGGCGACGACGGACCAAGCCCAAGCGAAGAGAUCUUUGCUCGGUAAGAUGCAAAGCCCAGCCGCUGGUGCCGCGGCGACGGCAUUCCCAGUGCGUUCGCUGACGCCACGCUCUCCUUGGCUCACGAGCCGCGGUGGGUUAAGCCGCGAACCGAAGCCGCGUGGCGGCGCGUCUUUGCCGUCUCCUGGAGGCGCGGCACAAGCCAUCGGAACACCCACUUCGGCUGCUCGCCCUGGGAGCGCGGUGUCCGUGGCCACGCCAUCGAGUGGUGGGUGGUUGUUCAAGCCACGCGAGAAUCCUCGCGCGCUCUUCAUUCGCCCAGAGGGUGUUUCUGCUUCGCCAGCGCCGUCAGUCGCGCUCGCGGUUUCGCCGACGCGCGCAGAUCAAAGCCCGGAACGUCGUCAAGUCCAUUUCGCAGAGGACAAAGAAAACACUCCGGGUAAAGGCGCACCGGUUAGUCACAAUAUCAUCAUGCCGAAGCUCACUUCUGAAGGCUACAGCAUGAACCCGACGCUUGAACAAAUGGAAAGAAUGUUUGAGCGCAGCGGCGACGACGCCCUCGCGGCGGUGGACAACUUUUCUGUGUCGAACGAAGCUUUCGGUCGCGUAAAGUGGCUCGAGCCCGUCGAUGUUCGUGGCUUGGAUCUCGAUAAAAUCGUGUCUUUCGAGCAGGCGUGCUUGUGCCUGUACCCCGAAGAUCAAGGUAUCGAGCCGCCGGAAGAGGGUGAAGGUUUGAAGAAGCGCGCCGAGGUAACGCUGUACGGAAUCUUGCCGAAGAAGUCUGGCACCGCCGCCAAGGAAAAGUAUCGCGAGAAGAUUGUGAAACAAACCGAAAAAGCGGGCGCCGAACUCGUAGAAUACAACCCAGAUACAGGGAUUUGGAAAUUCAUCCUGCAACUUUGAUGAACGGGAUGAACGAUUUGACACGUCGCGAAAAACGGACCGCGCGAAGGAAAGAUCCUUCCUAAGCCACCACGGUGAGCGACAAAUAAGCACAACAUCAUUUAGUAGGUUUUGUA